AUGCCUGUCGAUCUCCCCGCGACCAACUGGCUAGGCUACAGCCUUGACAUGACUACUGUCACACCUAGCGACAUCACUGCAGUGGCGGCAUCAGUCAAGAGGGCACUACAAGUCAUCGAUGUUGAUACAUUUGAAGGCACUCGCGUCGUCGAAAUCGAUGGCGUUGCAUACAAAGUUCCCAAGAACGUCGUGAUUGCAACAGACGUACAGACCUAUCAAGGUGGUUAUGUCACCUAUGAGGAUGGCAACAAGGCUAGUGCCGCCUUUAUCAACGACUCUAGCCUCUAUCCGCGCUACCUGGCUGUGACUGGUACUACGACCGCCGGAUAUUCGAUCAGCAAGACAUUCCGCAGCGACUGCCAAUUCGCCCUAUUCAGCUACAAUGCCAACCGCUACGCCGCUGCGCUGAAGAACUACAUCGUAUAUCUGAAUGAAGAUCUGCUCAAAAACCGUGUCAGCCGUCUCCCGGUCUGGCCUUCCAGCCCGGACACCACGGUUCUCAGAGAUUACCGGGCGUUCUUCGACACCGUCGGCUCCCACAGCAUCAUUAAUGCCACCUACGGCGCCCGCUUUCAGCUGACUGUCUUUGCGGACAACUCGAACUCGUCCGUCAAUAGCCGCUUCUCGGCAAACGUCCUCUGCGCAUACAACGGCAUCCCGAAUGGCGGCCAGUACGACGCAAGUGUGGCAUCCGAGUCGCAAUACAAGACAUAUCAAGGCCUCGCACAGCGGCUUCUCUCGUGUCAGGGCGGCGAUGCCGACAUGGCGAACACGUUGGUGAACAGUCCCACUGACUACAGCCUCUACGAGAAGUGGACGAAGACAAAUAUGCAGAACCCGGGCGUGGUGAACUUCUCACUGACUGAGAUAUGGACGCUGAUGCGGAGUGCGGUCGAUACGACGCUCCAGAGCCGUGCGGACGACAUACAGAACGCAUUCAAUUACAUCGUGUCACAUCCCGAUCCGUACAAGACUGCGGUGACGCUCGACGUACAGUCUGACUGGGCGGAGUUUGGAAUCCUCACUCCGAGCGCCGUCAUCAUUCCAGACCCGUCCAAACCGUAUCCUUCGAACACGACCGCAAGCGACAACAAGGUGACCUUCGGAAAGGAGUAUAGUCAUGUCAUCAAAAGGGAGAUCCUGAACUUCUUCGUCGUUAACGACGGGUCUCCCCUCGACUUCUACAUCUCACAUGGCAGUGAGGGGGGUUCGUGGGGGAACGGCAGGGCCUCGAUUACGAUGGAGAACGAAUCGUUCGUGAACGAGGGCAUCACAGACAACGUCAACAAUACAAAAUGGUACUACCAGGCCAAGGUAUCCAACACGCCUGCUCCGUCUGGCUUGAGAUCGAGCCACAAGGAGCGCACAUGGGAUGAGGUCCGUCGUCAAUACUUGCGCGAGAUCGGGGCUGCGUGA